UCGCCUGCGAGGGCGUGGGUGCGGAUAAGAGGCGCAGCCCGGCUACGAGUUUGCCACACACGGUGCUAUGGCGGCUCUUGUGGCGGCCCUGUGGGCGCUGCUUGUGCAGCUCUACAGACAUGGACUCGGCAUGUGGCUCGACAAAGGGCUUGGCCACCUCCUUAGGUACCUGCUUGCCGUUGCCCGCAUCACUUACCUGCAGAACAGGAAAGAACGAAGGUUUUGUUUUCAGCAUCCAGAGAGGCACGACGACAUCGUCAGCAACGGCGCCAUCUGCGCGCCGGAGGAGUGGGCGCAGGAAUGCCCACGCCACGCAAAACACCUGGAAAAGUUGGAGGACAGCCUGUUGCUUUACGGCGUGAACUGCGAUGGCGACCGCCUGGUGCUUAAUGUGUCGCGUCUCAAGAACCGCGUGGCCCACCUGUGGCUGGCGCUGUACACAGACGCCGAUGGGGCACGCUACUCACUGCCGGCCACCUUCACUUUGGACCGCAGCGAGGGUGCCUGCUUCGCCGCCGCCGGCCUUCGGCUCCAGUGUCUGGCGCCCAACCGUCGGUGGCGAGUCGCAUUCAACGGACUCCUCAGGAAACAUGAAAAGAGCGGCAGUGCAAGUUCGGUGGAAAGUGAAGUUCAUGUCAAGUUUGGCUUUAUCUGGUCAACAGUGUCACACACUCUUGAGCAGCCUGCCGAAACAGCUUCUUCUCUGCUGGCUGAAAGCCUGGCCAGAAUGCCUAUGGUUGACAUGCUCUGCGAAAUCGACAGAUUCAUAACUGAAAUGGACAGCUAUGACCAGGCAGGUAUGAUGACCGGUCAGGUGACACUGGAAGACCGAGCAAGAGAAGUCCACCUCUGGGGCUACAAGGUCCGAACACGAGGUUGCGUCGUUGACAGACCGCAUGUCGAGGAUCACCACUUUGGAUUCCUAGAGGAUGGCAAUUUUUUCCACUUGGUUCACUCGAAUGCUUAUGGAGGCAGGAAUGGUGUAUAUUUUGGAUCCCUAUACGCACCCUCGUCCAUCAUGCGGCCCAUCGAUUACAGCCUGGUUAGGACUGACGAUGUCGCGGUGGCAGUGCGUGCACGACUCUACAUUGGGAGCGGCCCGGUUUGUGUGCCUGUUCUAGCAAACUAUCACGUUCCGUCUCUGGUCUUCGCGAGUGAAGAUGCCUCCUGUGAAGUUCACGUAACCGAAGCUGAUUUGGAAUGCGAAGAAAACAAGGGACGUGGAUUUGCAGUUACAUUGAAGCGGCACGGACCCACAACGUACCGCAUUGCAGAUCAUUUCAAGCACAAACUUGUUCAAGAAUUCCAAGUGCCUGAUACACCCCCGCUUGUCUCCGACAUAAGGGACGCGUGCAGCAAGCGUCCAGAGCUUACCGGUGGCAAGGGGUCGUCCCUCGCGGUGCUCCAGUCGAUCGCCAGCCAGCUGCGGACAUUUUCAGUUCCUCGUGGUUUCGUGGUAACUACCGCGUCUUACAAGAUUCUGGCCUCGUCUGAAGAGUUCCAAGUCCUUGUACAGCAAAUAGAACGCUCGAGAGUCAGGGAUGACAGUGCGUCCGUCCUAAAAGAUGUUUGCAACAAGGUGGUCGCUGCCAUCGAAAAAUUGAUAAUCCCCGCAGAAGUUGAGGAUGAGAUAUUCCGGUGUUUAAGCAAAUUUGAAGCAGACACAAGAUUUGCCGUCCGGUCAUCAGCACUGGGCGAGGACUCCGAGGAUAUGUCAGCUGCCGGGCAAAUGACAACGUUACUUGGAGUUAGAGCAGCGAAGAAAGUAGCUGAAGCUGUGAUGAAAUGCUGGGCGUCACAGUUCAGUUUCACAAACGUGAACUACAAAAAGCAAUACGGCCAACUACUAAACGUGCCCAUGGCGGUCGUCAUCCAAGAAAUGGUAGACGCGAGCGCGGCUGGAGUGAUGUUCACCUGCGAUGCGGUUUCUGGAAAUCCAGAGUUUAUUACGGUGACGGCUAAUUAUGGACUUGGAGAGUCGGUGGUGUCCGCCUCGGCUGAACCGGACACCUUCGUCCUCAAGAAGACCGGAACAGUGCGGCCCUUCAUCGAAUCAAAACAGCUCGGCCACAAGUCGGUCUACACUACCGUGUCUGAAGGUGAUGGCGUUGUAAUGUUACCUGUGGCUGAAGGCCGAUCACAAGCGGCUUGCAUGUCAGACGAAGAAGUGGAAACGUUGGCUUACAUUGGCACGCAGAUCGAGAAAACAUAUACUACGCCUCAAGAUAUCGAGUGGGCAAUCUGCGAAGGAAAGUUUUUCAUGCUCCAGUGCAGACCAGUCACAACGUUCUUUAGGGAGUCUGACUGCGAGAUGAUGCACGAAUUUGACAAUGGCCUCAAGUCCGAGAAGGAAGUCUUGAGCAAGGCUAACAUGUCGGAAGUGCUACCCGGAGCAACGUCCCCUUUGAGCCUGUCGUUCAUCCGCGUCGCCUUCGACGCCUACUGCAGGGAACUGGGCACUAAGCUGGCGCUCAUGUACAGUCCAGACCCCACCCAGUACGUCCCUUUGUGGAUGCUGCAGCAGCGCUAUAACUACUUCCUCUGGAUGACCGAUGGAACGAGAAGCGCUGGCCAAGCUGCCACGCUCCUCGACAAAGCUGUGAUGUUCAGCACACUAGGACGAGAUGCAAGCGAUGAAGUCAACGCUGGCGUGCAGAGAACUCGCUUCUCCGACAAGACCAAGCUGCCUUUACAGAUAUACCAUGCUCUAAAGCUGCUGUUCACUGUCGACAAGGGUCUCGAAAAAGUCGCCUCUAAUGCAACCAAUCUGCGCCUUUCGGUAGACGGAAUGACAACUGCAACGCAGAUGUACAACUACCUCGGCUGCAACCUUCAUCACCUUCGAGAACCAACAUCAAUUCAGGUUGGCGCCUUCGCUUCUUCAUCGAUCUACAACCUUAUUAUUCUACAAGUACUUGGCACUGCCAACGGAGAACUUAACAUGCAGGUCUUCUCCGAAUUGUCCAAGAUACUACUCGGUGGAGACGUAGAGAGCGCUGAAGUGCCAAGGAUGAUACAGGAGCUGGGCUCGUUGCUGAGAGAGUCGCCGGACAAGACCCACUUCCUCAACAUGAGUGUUGAGGAAGCAUCAGAGUGGCUAUCAACAGCAGAAAACGAGUGUGGUGAAGCGUUUCGGGAAUUCAUCAAGAAGCAUGGCCAUCGCACAGUCAAAGAGUUCGACGUGUACACCAAGCCAUGGUCGUUGGAUCCUUCCUCGCUGGUGAAGUCCUUGAAGACUGCCGCAAGCGCACCCGAGACCGACAAGAGACCGCCGUCUACACCUUGGGAUCCUUCAAAACUUCCUUACAAACUCACAACGCUGCAAAGGCUCAUAUUGAAGCUUGUAAUACCGAAAGCUCGGGGAGCAGUUGCAGCACGAGAGACAGCGAAGUCUGCUGUUGUGCGCACCAUCCACCAGAUGCGCCUCGUGUGCCAGCAGCUGGCGCAGCGCAUGGUGCGCGAGGGACGACUGCCCAGUGCCGAUCUGCUUUUCUUCCUCACCUUCGAAGAGAUUGGCCUGCUGCUGAACUCCAGGGCUGCAGAGCUCGUCCUUCGGGCCCAGAGGCGCCAGCGUAUCUACGCAGAAAUUGACAAGGACACGUACCCGAGCGUCUUCGUGGGCAUCCCAAAGCCGAUCACAAGAGCCAAAAAGUAUGUGAAAGGAGACUUUGAAAUUAAAGGAAGUCCCAUGUCGCAGGGCGUGGUGGAAGGCAAAGCACGUGUGGCGCCCACUUUCGAUGAAGCGCAUCUCAUCCAGAAAGGUGAAAUCCUAGUUACGACUGCGACAGACACCGGUUGGACUCCGUACUUCCCUCUGUUGGCUGGAGUUGUGACCGAGAUUGGCGGUCCUCUGUCUCACGGUGCCGUUGUGGCCCGCGAGUACGGCUUGCCUUGCAUCGUCGGCAUCGAAGGAAUAACCACGAUGAUCGCCACUGGUGAUUUUCUUCAGCUGGAUGGAAACACGGGUGUUCUGAGAAAAAUUUCACUUCCCCCUAUCCAUGAUGACUGAUGUCACCGGCAGAAGAGCGGCAAAAAUAUUAUUCUUUGUUACGCAUAUUAAGGACGAUAGUCUUUCAUGGGCUACCUAAACGUGAAAAA